AUGUGUAGUAGAGGCCAUUGGAGGCCAGCUGAAGAUGAGAAACUUCGGGAGUUGGUGGAACGCUUUGGACCUCAUAAUUGGAACGCCAUAGCUGAGAAGCUCCGAGGAAGAUCAGGAAAAAGCUGCAGGUUGAGAUGGUUCAAUCAAUUGGACCCAAGAAUAAAUAGAAGUCCUUUCACAGAGGAAGAAGAAGAGCGUCUCAUAGCUUCUCAUAAGAUUCAUGGUAAUAGAUGGUCUGUGAUUGCAAGACACUUCCCUGGACGGACUGAUAACGCCGUCAAGAAUCAUUGGCAUGUGAUGAUGGCAAGGAAUCGCCGUGAAAGGUCUAAAACUUAUAAUGCAAAACGGCCUCCUUUAAACCUGCAGGAUCAUCACUCAAACUUUGACACAACAAACCUUCCUUCUUUUGUUGACAAGUAUUAUGAAAAGUAUAGCUAUCCUUGUGUUCCAUAUAACCCUUUUCAAUUUCCUAAAAAGUUUCACUUUCAAGAUCCAAGCUCUUGUUCCACAAGGCUUCAAGAUAGAAGUCAAUCAGUUGAGUUCUAUGAUUUUCUUCAAGUGAAUACUGAUUCCAAUAAAAGUGAAGUGACAGACAAUGCCAGAAGAGAUGAUGAGGAAGUAAAUCAAGAUGCAGUGGGACAGAAGAACAAGGAUAACAGCGUUCCAUUCAUUGAUUUUUUGUCUACUGGAAGCUGCUAACAUAAUUGCAAAAGUACCACUUAAUUACCCAGUUGUAUGAAUUAAGCCUGACUAGAACAAAAU